AAAAUGGAAUCCCCUACCAAACUUUUAACAUCACAAGUCAGUAGUCACAGGGUUUGGUACUGUCUCACACAGCUACACCUACUACGUUUCAGGACUCUCUACAUGAAUGCAUUUUGCGGUUGAAUUCUCAGCCACCAUAUGCUACUAAUUUCUCUUUCUUAAUCCCAACUCUUCUUCACACACUACUUUCCAAAACUACAAUUCACUUUCUUUCUCUCUCCAAUGGAGUCUAAGCUUCUAAGAGCCCCUUCAACACCCACUUGUGCUUUUCAUCACACCACUCGCAGGGCCUCAAUUUUCUUCAACCCCACUACGCCUUUUGCCUCAAAAUCCAAUCUUUCUCUCCGGGCACACUCGCCUUCUGUUGAGUCAGUGCCAUUAAAGAAAAGGAUUGAUGAGAGUGAGAACUUGACACUUGAUUAUAUAAGGCGCUCUCUAAUUCGUCAAGAGGAUAGCAUAAUCUUCAGUCUCUUGGAGCGAUCACAAUACUGUUACAAUGAAGAUACAUAUGACCCUGAUGCAUUCUCCAUGGAUGGAUUUCAUGGCUCAUUGGUAGAGUACAUGCUCAGGGAAACUGAGAAGCUUCAUGCCAAGGUGGGUAGGUACAAGAGCCCUGAUGAGCAUCCAUUCUUUCCAGAUAGCUUGCCUGAACCAGUGUUACCACCUUUGCAGUACCCUCAGGUGUUGCACCCUAUUGCUGAUUCAAUUAAUAUAAAUGAUAAAGUAUGGAGUUUAUACUUCAGAGUUCUUAUCCCACAAAUAGUCAAGGAAGGAGAUGAUGGAAACUCUGGAUCCAGUUCUGUUUGUGAUGUAAUAUGCUUGCAGGUUAUUUCAAAGAGAAUCCAUUAUGGAAAAUAUGUAGCUGAGGCAAAAUUUCGAGCUAAUCCUGAAGCAUAUAAAGAGGCCAUUAUAGCACAGGACAAGGACAAGUUAAUGGAAUUGCUAACAUAUCCUGAAGUUGAAGAGGCAAUUAAGAGGAGAGUUGACAUGAAGACCAAGACUUAUGGGCAAGAGGUGAUUGUAAAUAUGAAGGAACAUCGAACUGAGCCGGUCUACAAAAUAAAUCCAAACUUGAUUGCUGAUCUAUAUGGUGACUGGAUCAUGCCAUUGACAAAGGAAGUUCAAGUUGCUUAUUUAUUGAGAAGGUUGGAUUGAACAUUACACGUACUUUUCCAAUUACAAAUGUUCAUAGGGUAUUUUAUAUUUUCUGAUAGUUUUAUCUGAAUCUUCUCUAUAAAUACCAGCUUUGUAAUUAACAUACAAGGAAUUUAAUAUCGGGAUUUUAUGUAAUAACUUAUGGCAUCCUUUUAUAUUAUGUUUCUUUUGUGUUGA